AUGGGCUUCAAAGACAAGCGAGUUGCCAUCGUGGGCGGUGGCUUAGGAGGCAUGUCCUUCCUCAACGCCGCACUCUACACAGGCCUGAAAAACGUACAACUAUACGAGCAAGCACCCCAAUUCGCCGAAGUCGGUGCCGGAGUGAACAUCACCUCCAAUGCAAACCGCGUCCUCGACGCUUUCGGUCUGCAAGAAAGCAUGACCCGCAAGUCAUCUGGCAAGCUCCCCUGCUAUAUGGAAUACCACAAUUAUAAGACUGGCGAGUACAUCGGCGAGAUCGGCGAGUUCUCAAAACCCCCCGCUCGCCUGCUGCACCGCGCCCACUUGCUGGACUCGCUCAAGGAGCGCGUUCCCCAAUCAAGUCUGAACCUGGGCAAGCACUUUGCAUUCGUGGACCGCAAUACCGCUGCCGGUGCUGCUCCGUACACGCUCCGCUUCCAGGACGGGAGCACUGCCGAGGCGGAUAUCGUUAUUGGCUGUGACGGUAUAAAGUCUAAUGUGCGUCGGGAUAUGGGUCUCGGCGAUGAUCCCAAUUAUUCGGGCCAGGUGGUUUACCGUGGUUUCGUUGACUACAAGGAUCUCCCGAAGGAGACGGCUCAGUUGCUGCGCAAGACAGUGAACUUCCGUGGUCCCAAGCGCCAUGUUCUAGUCUUGCCUAUUGGGAAUCAGGAGACUGGCACUGACCGCGCUGCCGUUAUUGGAUUUAUGUCUGAGUCGCUAGCGUCCUGGGACUCUGAGAGCUGGAUGUCCCGCUCUGAUAUUGACAGUCUGCAAGAGCAUGUCCGUGACUGGUGCCCGCAGGUGCAGGAUAUCAUUGCUGGUCUCCGUAAGAGCUCGGAGGACGGCAAGAUGCUCAAGCAGGCACUGUAUGUGCGUGACCCGAUCGAUAAGUGGUAUGAGAUGAAGGAUGGACAGAAGGAUGCAGGCAUCAUUCUGCUGGGUGAUUCGGCGCACUCUACCCUUCCUCACCAAGGCCAAGGAACGUGCAUGGCUAUUGAGUCUGGAAUUGCUCUUGCCACCAUUCUUCGCCACUGGAAGACUGAUGACCUCGAGGCAGCGUUCAAGUUCUACCAAGGCCUCCGCAAGCCCCGGACAGACCGUGUUACGCAAACUAGCUAUGAAGCUGGAAAGCUGGCUAGUGCUGACUCGCCUGAUCAGAUGACCGACAGCUUCAACCCGGAGGCAUUGACGGAGCGCAUGAAGUGGAUUAUGGAAUAUAAUGUUUUGGAAGACUUGCGGGGAAACGGCGAGGGAGUUUUGGGCUUCCAUGACUCACGCCUCUGA